UCAACCCUAGGUUUUUGUCAUUAUCGCCGCGGCAGCAAACUGAAAAUCUCCGAUCUCCCGGAGCCGCCAUGGGAAGAGUCAUCCGUGCUCAGCGUAAGGGAGCGGGCUCCGUUUUCAAGUCUCACACCCAUCAUCGGAAGGGUCCGGCCAGAUUCCGAAGUCUCGACUUCGGCGAACGAAAUGGUUAUCUGAAAGGAGUCAUCACUGAGAUUGUUCACGACCCAGGCCGUGGAGCGCCGCUUGCUCGAGUUACCUUCCGCCAUCCUUUCAGGUACAAGAAACAGAAUGAACUGUUCGUUGCGGCUGAGGGUAUGUACACUGGCCAGUUUGUUUACUGCGGAAAGAAGGCGAAUCUCAUGGUUGGGAAUGUCUUGCCCCUAAGAUCGAUCCCUGAAGGUGCCGUCGUCUGCAACGUCGAACACCAUGUUGGUGACCGUGGCGUUUUUGCAAGAUGUUCGGGAGACUACGCGAUUGUUAUUAGUCACAAUCCUGAUAACGAUACUUCCAGGAUCAAGCUUCCAUCUGGUUCCAAGAAAGUAGUUCCAAGCGGGUGCCGUGCUAUGGUCGGUCAGGUUGCUGGUGGGGGUAGGACUGAGAAGCCCCUUCUUAAGGCUGGUAAUGCUUACCACAAAUUUAGAGUUAAGAGGAACUGCUGGCCUAAGGUUCGUGGUGUUGCCAUGAAUCCCGUUGAGCAUCCUCACGGAGGAGGUAACCACCAACACAUUGGACAUGCCAGCACUGUCAGGCGUGAUGCACCUCCUGGUCAAAAGGUUGGGCUCAUUGCCGCCAGGAGAACUGGUAGGCUCAGAGGACAAGCCGCAGCAACUGCUGCCAAAGCUGACAAGGCUUAGACGGUUUUAUAUUUAUUUAGAUCAUUACUUGUUUUUGAGAACUUCCAUUUUACUCCCAACUUUUGAGAAGGUGUUGAUUACAAUUGAAAAUUUUGUUUUGUUUUCUUCCAUAUGUGAUGAGUUUGGUCCAAAUAUACUGUUUUUUGUAUUUCACAUCAUCGUUAGAGUGGAAGAUUUCUUUUGCAUGGGAUGCUCUGAUAGUCAUUUUGUUUGGCCCAUUGUGUUGAUCAGGUUGUCUUUGUUACUGUACUGAGUGAGUUAUUAUUCGUGGUUUUAUUAGGGCAAUUUCAGGAUUUUUCUUGUA